AUGGCGGAGCCCUCGACGAGCACUAGCGCUAGCGCGAAAAAGGACAAGGAGGGCAAGGACGGGGAGGCGGAGGCGGAGGCUAAUGAGCGGAGUCUCCGGGACCAUAUCCUGGAGGCGCUGGCGGGGGUGCCGGGGACGCGGGACUUUCACCUGCACGUCCUGGUGUCGUCGCCGCGCAAGGCGGGGACGAAUAUAUCUGUGAGCGGGACGACGACGACGACGACGACGGUGUUUCCGUUUGCGAAGCCGCGGCCACCGCGCAUAUAUGUGCAGGAUAUCCUGCUGUUGCUUUCUGAGCAGGUGGCAGACGGGCCGAGGGUGCUGGUGAGCGCUGUGGAGGCGUACACGUAUGUGGUGCCGAGCACGGAGUGUGUGGUGUUGUAUGUGAGCAAGGUGGACUCGACGGGGCAUGGUGCGCGCGGGGAGAUGCCGUCGCCUACGCGAACGCUGGUGCAGGCGCUGCUGGGGUAUUACUUGGACCCAGAGACGCGUCCUGUGGAGGCGCGACACGUGUGGGUGCAGCUGUUUGCGCGGGCGCAGACGCAGUACCUGUUCCCAAACUCUGGGGAGUGGGAGGGCAAAAAGCCACUGAGCGACAAGCGACUGUGUUUGUGGUGGCGACGAGUGCUGGGAGAGGCGGCGAGGGCGGUGGGGAAGAAGGAGGGCGUGCGGACCAAGAUGUACUAUGUGCUGCCUGGGUACAGCGCGGAGGAGGCGGCGCAUGCGCUGGGGGGCGCGGGGGAGGGGUGGAUGUACGGGCACCCGUACGCGCAGAAAGAGAUCCCGCUGCCGUGCGCGCGGCCGAGCGAAGGACACAACCUGGGCCACUACAUCCCGUCGUUUGAGGACGACCCAAAGGCGCGAUUCAUGGACGAGAUGGCGUACACGACGGACGGGGAGAUCCGGUCGCCGGUGCGGAAGCGGGCGCGGACAGAGACAGGGACGACGGCGCACACUACGGAGGACAGCCGGCCGCUGGGUGAGCUGAGCACGGUCGGGGUGGAUGAGUUUUGGGAGCGCAUGUCGUUUCGGCAAGAGUGUGUGGCGGGAGCGGUCACGGGGUUCUUUACGGUGCUGGUAUCGAGCGGGUGCAAGAAGCGGGCAGGGGGGCCACUUGCGCCGGGGCGGGGGCAGGUGUCUGUUGGACUGAAGAAGCGGGUGCUGUCGACGCUGAUGACAGGGGUCGAGUUUUCGACUGCAGAGCGGGCGAUUGCAGCAACAGAGACGGUGGAGGGCGCGAUCCGGGGCUUGUGCGAGGACAUGAGCCGGGCACGGACGCCGCCACCAAGGACGAACAGACGGCUGCUGGAGCCGCCCAAGACGCCGCCUCGGAAGCGGGGGCUGGCGGAGGAGGUGUCGCCGAAUCCGUUCCCGGAGCCGGUUGCGUCGGUGUCCACUUACAGAGAGUCUAUUUACGGGCUAGUGAGUACGCGCAAUGCAGUGGCGGGGCGUUCUGAAAGCGCUGCAGGAGCAGUUCGGAUGCUCACGGCAUUCAGCAGCCACAUCGACGGCAAUGCUCUUCCCCCUAUUCUCAUGCAUCCAUCCAAGAAGCGCACCAGUGACGAUGUCCGCGUCAAGGACGAGUCUCCCCCGCCAGAUGAUCUCCCUAACCAGGACCCCUCUCCCUCUCCCUCCAGCACUGUCCCUCUGAAAAAGCGCCGCGUCACUCUCAGCGGCCCCACCGCGCCCCAUCCCCUCCACAUCGACACCACCGCCCCCGCCCCUCCCCCGCCCUCCCACCAGCAGCGCAACGACCAUGCCGCCUCCACUCCCAUCUCCCCCGUCGUCAUGGGAUUCACCAUCCAGCGCGACAAUCCCGACGCCAUCGAGCAGGUCCGCUCCAUGAUCUCUCUCAAGCAGAAGCAAAAGGCCCUCAUCGAGGAGCGCCGUGGCAGCGCAGCCGGCAUCCUCUCUCCUACUGCUACCAAUCCCCCGCCGAAUCCUCUCCAGUCUGACCGCACCCGCCGCAGCCCCAACAAUCAAUCCAGGCGCCCGCCCCGCCCCGCCAGUCCACAGCCGACUCCUAUGCAGAUCCAGCAGCAGCAGCAGCAGCAAUCUCUUCAUCCCCAAUCGCAGUCAUCCCAACCCCAACCACCCCCGCCGCCUCAGCACUCCCUUCCCCCGCCCCCAAUCAGCUUCGCACGCCGCCGCGCGGCUCUCUUGGGCGGCAAAAAGAAGCCCGCAGACAUUGUCAUCAGUCCCCGCGAGGCCCAUACCCGCGACCAGCUCGCUCCUGCCAUCCAGAGCGCACCUCCAGUCCCUCAUGCAGGCGGUCAAUCUGCCUUUUACACUGGUCGUUUCCAGAUGGCUCUCCCCCGUCUCCCCAAUCUCGCUCCAGACGGUAACCAUGGCCCCUCUGUCCGCCGCAUCGCAAGCAACGUGCCCCCAACUCCCACCCGCCUCGCCCUCCACCAGCAGCAGGCCCAUGGGAAUCCUUCUGCGUCUUCUUUGAUGGUGCAGCAACAGCAGCAAAUACCCACCCGUUCUCCUCCUGCUGCCUCCAUCCCCAUCGCCACUUCUCUCUCCUCUGCCGCCUCCAUACCCAUUGCCUCCUCUCUCGUACCCCCAACCCCUACUGCACUCCACAGACCCGGCUAUGGUGGCGACAAGGCUGCUUUUCUCGCCCCCUUUGAGGUUUUCUACGACGCACUCGCAGACUCGAAGCAGCUCAAAUCCUGGCUUGCCGAGCAGCUUGCCAAGAGCACCGCGCUCGCUCAGGGGCUCGCUCAGCAGCAGGAUCGCAUGCAGGAGCUCGUAGACAGCGCAGUCGAGAAGCGCGUUAGCGGUCUCAAAGCCGAGAUGGCCGUACUCAGGAGGCGCGUCGAAGACCUCGAAGGCGCUCUGCGCGUGUCGCAGCCUCAGCAAGGGUAUGCUAUGGCAAGGAGGGGCAGCAUUGACCCAGCGAUCUACAAAAACGGCAUGAGCAUGGGUGCACCAGAGCCGUACACUUUCCCGCCCAUCGCGUCCUCGGCCUCUGCGUCUGCAGCCGAGGGCAGCUCGGGCUCGUCGCGCUUGCGAUUGGAGAGGCCCGAGUCGACUAGGCGGCUGUCGUCGCCUGGCUGGGCGCAGGAGAACGGAAGCGCUUCUGGAUCCGGCGCGGGUGCGGGUGCUUCUGGAGGCGCGUCGACGCCGCGUGGCGGCGGCGGCGCUAGUGGAAGCGGCAAUUCGACCAGUAUGAGAAGCCCGCCCCAUGUUUAUCGGGAGCGCGAGCGUGAGCGUGAGAGGGAAAGGGAGUGGGAGAGGGAGAGAGAGGGAUCAAAUGGGAGUCGGCCUCCGCCGCUGAGUCGACAGGGCUCGUCGCAUUCCGUGCCCAUGGUCGUCGUUACAAGCGAGAGGGAGCGCGAGAGGGACGCAGAGCGUGAGAGAGAACGGGACAGGGAAUACGAGCGUGAGCGCGAGCGCGACAGAGACAGGGAGCGGGAACGAGAGCGGGAACGGGAACGAGAAAGAGACAACCAGACGCGACGCGCAGAGAGUCGGCGCAACUCUAUCGUCAUGGCCGGCCCAGACGAGGAAGAACGCGAACGUGCCAGUUAA